AUGUCGUCAAGUGAUUCAAAAGCUUCUAGCGUUGAAAUCAAGUAUACACAAAUUUUUAUUAAUAAUGAAUGGCAUAAAGCAGCAAAUGGUAAAACAUUUCCUGUCUUCAAUCCAUGUACAGGAGAAGAAAUUUGUCAAGUAGAAGAAGGCACAAAAGUAAGAAUAUACUUACACGUAUUUCUUUUAAUUUAUGAUCAUGAUUGAUUUUUUUGUCAUAGGCUG